AGGCUCCUACGUGCGACCGCAGUGCCUUGUGGAUUGACAUGAAUGUGACGAGUUAUUUGGCGUGGACUUUGUACUCGUUUCUCCAUAAAAAGACUCGUAAUCGGCCGUUCAUCGUUACUCUACCAUAAAGAUUUCCACCUAAAACUAUGGAGCGAUCCCUCGUGGAGAACGUGUUCUUGUUCAGUUUGAACAUUGCCGGUUGGUUUUGGGGAGUUGUAAGUUUUUUACCAUGGUACUAUUUGACAGGAAGGCAACACCAGGUACGAAGGCAAAAGAUUCAAGGAAAACCCACGAGUCUUGUUCCCGGCGCACCGUAUCGCGAUGUGGAGCAUUUUGAUGCACUGGUUACCACUCUUUACAAGGGAAUAACUACAAUGGAUCAACUUUUCAGACGAGCAGUCCAACUCUACGCAUUUAGAAAAUGUCUUGGAACAAGGGAAAUUUUAAGAGAAAUAGAUGAAAAACAGAUAAAUGGACGUGUAUUUAAAAAACAGAUUAGAGGAGAAUAUAAUUGGUUUACAUUUGCACAAGUUGAUUCACGAGCGAGAAAUCUUGGAAAUGGACUCACUGCUCUUGGACAGCAAAGAAAACAGAACAUUGUCAUUUUUGCAGAAACAAGAGCAGAAUGGAUGAUGGCUUUGCAAUGCUGCUUUGCAAAUUCAUUUCCAGUUGUAACAAUUUAUGCUACUCUAGGAGAUGAAGCUGUAGCACAUGGCAUCAAUGAAACAGAAGUAAAAUUCGUCAUAGCAGAUGCAGAACUCUUACCAAAGCUAGCUGCUGUGGCUCAUAAAUUAACUAACCUGGAUUAUAUAGUUUACAUUGGUGAACUUAGCAAGAAUGCAACACUUGAUUUCCCCAAAAAUAUUAAGAUGAUUUCCAUGACAGAUGUAGAGGAAUUGGGAUCCAGAACUGAAAAUAUUAUACAAAGUAAAGUCUCUCCACGACCAGAAGACACAGCAGUUAUCAUGUAUACCAGUGGUUCAACAGGAUUACCUAAAGGCGUUAUUAUUACACAUGCAAAUCUACUUGCUGCAACAGCUGCAAUGGGUUCCAGGGUUGAGCCACCUAUUACUGAAAAAGAUGUCUAUGUUGGAUACUUACCUUUGGCACAUGUUCUUGAAUUGGUCGCUGAAAAUGCUAUUUUAGCUCAUGGUGCCUGUAUUGGUUACUCCACCCCUCUCACUCUGUCAGAUCAGUCAUCCAAGAUCAAAAAGGGCAGCAAAGGUGACCUGACAGUACUAAGACCAACACUGAUGGCAGCUGUGCCAGUUAUUAUGGACAGAAUAAGACAGAAUGUCAUGGAAAAAGUCAAAGAGGGUCCUAGACUGCUGCAACUGUUCUUUACUUUUGCUUAUAAUUACAAACUUGCACAAAUUAAAAGAGGAUAUGAUGCACCCCUAUUAAACAGAUUUAUAUUUGGAAAAAUUCGCAACCUUCUUGGAGGGCGUGUGCGACAGAUGCUGAGUGGAGGUGCCCCAUUGUCUCAAGACACACAGUACUUCAUGAAUGUCUGCUUCUGCUGUCCUGUUGGUCAGGGUUAUGGAUUAACAGAGACCUGUGGGGGUGCUACUAUUUGUCAUACAUGGGACAUGACAACAGGUAGAGUUGGACCACCAAUCGCCAGUUCUGAAAUCAAGCUUAUUAGCUGGGAAGAAGGUGGAUAUACUAUUCGAGACAAGCCAUACCCCAGAGGAGAAAUAGUCAUAGGAGGACCCAAUGUCACGUUAGGAUACUACAAGAACCCCCAAAAAACAAGUGAGGACUUCGAAAUAGACAGAAAUGGGCAGCGCUGGUUUCAUACUGGGGAUAUUGGAGAGUUCCAUAGUGAUGGCUGCUUGCAAAUUAUAGAUCGCAAGAAGGAUCUUGUCAAGUUGCAAGCCGGAGAGUAUGUGUCACUAGGCAAGGUAGAGGCAGCUCUUGCUCAAUCCCAGUAUGUCGAGAAUGUGUGUGUGUAUGCUGAAAGCUCUGAGACGUAUGCUAUCUGUCUGGUGGUACCAAGACCUAAACAGUUAAAGCAGUUAGCAACAUCUCUAAACGUAUCAUCAGAAGACUGGAAUGUACUUUGCAGUAAUGAGGCUUUAACUAAAGCUGUGCUUCAGGAUUUGCAGAUAGUUGGCACAGCGGCAAAGCUACAGAAGUUUGAAAUUCCUCAGAAGGUAACGCUGGUCACAGAGCAAUGGACACCAGAAUCUGAACUUGUUACAGCCGCGCUUAAACUAAAGCGCAAGAAUAUUACGUCUUUUUACCACGAUGUCCUACAGGCCAUGUACCACUAAAUCCUGCAUUUAAAUACUUGGCUAAUCACUCAACUGAACUAAGCAGGUUUCGUAUGAGUGAGGGGAGAUUUAUGAUUGGAUGAAAGACGUUCUCGUUGUUUUGAAAGUCUGUAGAGGAAGCUUAUGACUUUCACGUUGUCUAAUUACCUUACUUUCACCACUUAUACCAAACCUGAUCCACUUGACAUUAUUCGUAUAUUUAUUAUUAGCAUUUGAAUUUUACUUGAAUUCGCUAGUAUAUAAAGUAUCUAUUUGCCAUCUAUCUUUAAAAAGGAUGGUAACUUACAGUUAAGAUGUUCUACAAACCCAAAGCAUUUGAUUCUCUCUAAGUCUAUGAAUAUUGCGAUAAUGUUUCAGUCGCAAUAAUUUCCAAAGUCCACGUUCUUUGUCUUUCCUUAUAUUUUUCCUUAUCUUACAGCUUUUGUAUUUGCAUGCCUCCUCUUGAAAUAGUUUGGUCAGAAAGGGCAUAGCGUUCGUAACAUUGCAUCAUUUGAUUGCAUAAACUCAGUUCAAAGCUUGAUCUCUUUAAGAAAUUAUUGUAUGUGGUCUAUAUUUUGUCGUGGCCUUUCAAGAGGGACGAAAAUCAUUUGAUUGAGUUUUGGAUCACAGUGUAUGAUAAAAAAGGUUAAUAAAAGAAUGUCAAAAAAUUUCGUAAA